AUGUGCGACAUUGUGUCUAAUGUCAAAAGCAUGCAGACUUGCACCAUGCUCCCAGGUUCGUCGAUUCUUCUAUCAAUCAUAAGUCGGUUUGGCAUUCCUCAUACCAUCAUAACUGAUAAUGGUACGCAGUUCGUGGACAAAAAAUUCAAUCAAAUACUUCAAGAUUUGCAUGUCAAACACAGAUACACAUCUGUGGAACAUCCACAAACAAAUGGAUUGGCAGAAGCUGCAAAUCGAGUCUUGAAACGAGGAUUGGAAAAAAGAUUAGAAGCAGCUAAAGGAGACUGGCCUGAACAAUUAGACUUUGUGUUAUGGGGCUACAGAACAACCACACAUUCAACUAUGGGGGAAACCCAGUUCCGCAUGGUUUACGGUAGUGAAGCCAUGAUUUCGGUUGAAAUUGGAGAGCCAUCACGGAGAAGGAUCUACACGAAUGAAGAUAACAAUUCGCAUGCAUUACUCCAUAACUUGGAUGCAAUGGAUGAAGUCCGCGAAAUUGCUUAUGUUAAGGAAGUGGCAUUAAAGCAAUGA